AUGCGUGCUACUCUGCUCCAGUUGCUUGCCCCCACUUGUUACGCAUUACCAACCCUGCAUCCAUCGCAAUCGGCGGAGCUGCAGCAGCCGCAGGCUUCACCGCUGCAACUGCACGCUGCAACGGGAAGAUCCCUCAGCUCGGCGUCUCCCGGCUCGUGCUUUCGCUACUGCUCCUGGAACUCCUAUGAAUGGACCACAAAAGCCAAGUACGAGGACGCGGAGGCUGCGUGCGCGGACAAUGGAAUGCGGCUAUGCACCGAGUCGGAGCUGAUGGCUGAUGUGUGCUGUGCCACUGGCUGCGGGUACGAUGGAGCGGAACGACAAUACUGUGGCGACGGCGGUGCCACGGCCCUUGCUGCCGGCUUCGCGCCCGACCUCGCCACGUGCCAGCAGCGGUGCGAGAGUAGCAGCGGGUGCAGCUUUGUCUCCUACUUCACGACCAAAUGGUGCCGCCUCACGGCGACCUGCGAUACGGUGUGGACUGACAGAACAAGCGCGACGCACCACACGGUCAGCGUGUACACAUGCACGGCACCGCCGCCACCGCCAAACUUCCUCCUCAUCUACUCUGACGACCAGAGCUUUGAGGAGUUUGGCGCUUACGGCGGCGAAGUGCAUACGCCCAACCUCGACAAGCUAGCCAACGAAGGCGUCAAGUUCAUGGGGGGGCACUACCCGGCGGGCGGCCCUGUCAGCAUCGAGUGGAACACCUACCUCGUCCAAGGCGACCUGACGAUAGCGACGGCGCUUCAAGACCACGGCUACCUCACGGGCGCGGUCGGCAAGUGGCAUCUCGGCGCACCGCGGCUCAUCUACCCGUACGACCCGAGCCCGGACUACCAAGACCACCCGUUCCUCGAGAAGCAAAACAACUUGACACGAGACCACUGCAGAGAGUUCGGCUUUACGGUGUGCGACCGCGUCUACCGCUCGAACGUCGGUGCCGUGGAGGUGAACAACGACAUCCCAUUUGAACUCAAGUACCACAACCUUGAGUGGGUGACGGGUGGCGCGCGAGACUUUCUGGAGCAAGCCGAGCAAGCCAAGCUGCCGUGGUUCCUCUACUACGCUUUCACGGCGCCGCACGGCCCUCCGAUCAAGUUCAGCCUUGAGAAGAAGGAGUACAUCACCCCGCUCGGCAUCCUUUACGACGACAUGAAGGACGCGCCGCAGGAGCACCUCCAGCCAAGACACACGGUCCGCGAUCGCGCGCUGGCGGCCGGCAUUGUCGACCGCGACAUGCAGGCAACUGCCCACACUGGGUGA